UCCUCCUGGUUUCCGCACUUGUCUCUCUUUGGAGCCGUGCGGAAGCCUAGAUUCCCGGCGAGGUCAUGGCCGAAGCCAAGGGAAACGGAGUGGCUGAGGCAUCGGAGUUCCGGGCUCUGGAUGAGAAGUCGCUGUUGGAUUACAUCAAGGCGACGCCGGCUAUUUCCUCGGUUCUCGGGAACCGGCUGGAGGGAUUGAGUAUAAAGGAGGUCGGUGACGGGAACCUUAAUUUCGUGUAUAUCGUCGUCGGAGACGGUGGUUCUGUCGUGAUCAAGCAGGCACUUCCAUAUGUUCGCUGCAUUGGGGAAUCUUGGCCAAUGACUAAAGAACGUGCAUAUUUUGAGACAAUAACACUAAAAGAGCAUGGUCGUUUAUGCCCGGAGCAUGUUCCAGAAGUUUAUCAUGCUGACCGUAAAAUGUCCCUCAUUGCAAUGCGUUACUUGAAGCCUCCACAUAUCAUUUUGAGAAAAGGCUUGAUUGCAGGGGUUAAAUAUCCAUUGCUUGCAGACCAUAUAUCAGACUAUGUAGCCAAAACUCUAUACCAUACGUCUCUUCUUCACCUCUCCACAACAGAGCACAAAAAGAGAGUUGCUGAGUACUGCGGGAAUGUAGAAAUGUGUAGGCUCACAGAGCAGGUUAUCUUUUCAGACCCAUACCAGAUAUCUUCUUACAAUCGCUGGACCUCUCCCUAUCUUGACAGUGAUGCUGAAGCAGUUCGAAGUGACAAUAUUUUGAAGCUGGAAAUUGCUGAACUGAAGUCAAUGUUCUGUGAGAAAUCUCAAGCACUAAUACACGGGGAUCUUCAUACUGGUUCCAUUAUGGUGACUUCUGAUUCCACACAAGUUAUUGAUCCAGAAUUUGCAUUUUAUGGUCCUAUGGGCUUUGAUAUUGGAGCUUUCUUAGGAAAUUUGUUCCUUGCUUUCUUUGCAAAAGAUGGACAUGCUUGUGAAGAACAAGAGCGUCAUGAAUAUAAACGUUGGCUCUUGGGAACAAUAGAGGACACCUGGAAUCUUUUUGAGAAAAAAUUCAUUACACUAUGGAAAGAGGACGGCUCAGGUGACGCGUACCUUCCUGGUGUAUAUAACAACUCUGAUGUUCAGCUGCUUGUUCGAAAGAAAUACAUGAAAGAUCUCUUUCAUGACUCUCUAGGCUUUGGUGCAGCUAAAAUGAUAAGGAGAAUCGUGGGUGUGGCUCAUGUUGAGGAUUUGGAAUCAAUUCAAGAUACUGCAACUCGAGCUGCUUGUGAAAAGAGAGCGUUGCUGUUUGCCAAAAUGCUGAUGAAGGAUAGGCGUAACUUUCAAUCUAUCAGUCAGGUUGUGGCGGCAGCAGAGGAGCAACGUGCCUAAUUAUCUUCCAGGUUGUGCAAGGACGAGCUGCUACCAAGUUUUACUUAAAGUACGUGGUGGAUUUAUUUACGGCUUCUCCUGCAAACGUAUCAUGAUAUCGUUACUUGAAAGGGGCAGCUCUCUGAGGGAUAGUUCUGUCUUGGCCAAUUAUAUCAGCUAUCUUUGCAUCACGGCAGAUUUUGGUCUGCAUUGUUUGUAUGCUUAAAUAAGAGAAUGACAUUCUAUUGCCAAAGUAUGUUUGAGCAUUGAGAAUGAUUUGCUGGAAGGUUGAUAUGGUUAUUUGCUGGCUUGAUUAGCAAGGAAAUCGUUGCUGCCAUUGUCUUCAUAUUUAUUUAUCAGUUCUCAAUGAAAUCAAUUUUCUUCCUC